AUGACAUGGAAAGCUAUUGUCUUCUGUUUUACAUGCAUAUUGAAAAACUGGGCUAUAGCAGCAAACGUCACAGAUAUUGAAAACUUAUAUACCGAUUUGAUUUUAUACGCGCCAAACCAAGAGCUGUUAAAAAAUGUUCGUCCAUCUGAGAAAACAAUAGUGACAGGCUCCUUGCACUUGCUGUCGAUCAGUGGCUUAGACGAAAUUUCAGGGACAUUUUCGGUCAUCGUUACCUUAACCUUAACAUGGCGAGACAAACGGCUGAGAUGGGUUCCUUCUGCGUACGGCAAUCUAAAGUCUAUUGAACUUCCUCAGGACAAAGUCUGGAUACCUUCGAUUAUGAUGAGGUACCCUGUUAAAAAGGUGAAGAAGUUAGGCAUGGAGGACAAUUUAGUCACUUUAUCCAGGAAUGGGACAGUCGCUCUAACUAUUGGGGACUUCCUAGAAACAGCCUGUAGUUUUGACGUGACACAUUUUCCAUUUGAUCAUCAGAGUUGUGAUAUUACACUACUACCAUGGAUUUACUCAAAAGAUGCUGUUGACUUUCGACAAAAACGAGAUGAUGUUGAUCUUGGUGUAUUCUCCAAAAGUGGAAUGUGGGAAAUCUCGAGUACAAAAGCAUCAGUUGAAUACAUUCUAACUUCGGAUAAUAUCGAGUGUGCGAUGUUAAAAUAUACGAUCUACUUGGAAAGAAGAUCAUCGUAUUUCGUUCUCACCAUAUUUGUACCUGUCAUCAUGCUUCUAUUGUUGAAUUCCGCUGUGUUUCUUCUUCCAUCAGAAAGUGGAGAACGUGUGGGUUACGCUAUAACGUGUUUGCUAGCAUUGGCCGUCUUUCUGACGCUAACGGAUGACGUGUUACCAAGAACUUCCAAACCAUUGUCAGUGCUGUCCUGUUUCCUGAUGCUUCUUGUGUUAACAUCUGCUGUUAUUUGUCUGACAACAAUAAUAAGCGUCUGGUUGCAUCACAAGGACGAGAAAUCACACAUGUCAUUGUAUCUUAAGAAGUUUACACACUUCAUGCUCUGCAGGAAUCAUAAAACUAACAUAGCUGAAUUUGAAAUUGUUGAUAUUUUGACAGAACCACCGAAAAAACAAAAAAGUAACUCUCAAUCUGAAACCGUGACAAAUCCCAAAAAUCAGAAACACGAGUUUGAAGGUGAAAAUACUAAGAAGGUAACCAAAAAAAGUACACGCAGCUCAAACAGAGAGAUUAAAACAACCUCUUCUAACGGUACGGUGCAUGUGACGCUGAAAAGUACGAAGAAGCACAGUUCUGACGAGAAGCACUCAAUGAAACCUGAAGAUUUGAAAGAGCUCUACAAUGAUAUCACGUGGAAAACUUUCUCAGAACUGUUCAAUUUUUUAUGUCUUGUUGGAACACUUGCAUUUACUGCCUUGUUUGGAUCAAUCUAUGUGCUGAUUGCAGGUGGCAAUCUUUGA